GGUAUCUACACGUAGAAACUGUUCUGCUCUGGUAGAUAUGUUCAUCUCUGCAUUCGCCUUCCAACCUGCGUGUAAUGUAAGUUACAGUCGCUAUGAUGACUUCAUCAAAGCAGCCAAUAUUGACGUUCCUCCCGGCCAGAGCAUGUUCUGGUCUGGUGUGUACGGUGUCGUACAGAUGUACAGCCACCGUGGACAGAGAGCAACAGUGCUUGAAGAUACACUCAUAGGUUAUAUGGUGGACGGGUUACAGUUCUGUGCCCAGACCAAUCAGCCUGGUAUAACGUAUGGUGAAGGCUGUCCUGGAUUCGAACAGACUGACAACUGUACUUACAACGCAGAGUAUUCCUUCUGGGCAAUGGCGUCGAAAAAUUUUGCAUCCCAUGUCACUGGCGACGCACAGGUUAUGCUGAAUGCAAGCUUGGACCAGCCAUUCCGCGAUCUAUCUUUCUUUUCAACCUGGGAAAUACCGAAUAUGAACGCUAGCCAAAUAUCAAACGUCAAUAUUCUUAUGGUUCAUAUACCAGGACAAGACAUAAGAUCAACCUGUAACAGUGACAGUAUCUCUCAGCUGAAAAAGCGACUGAGGGCUAGAGACAUUACAUCUUCCUGUGAGGACAGUCCUAGAGGACCCCAAACAAUGCUUUGCUUGGACCAUCCAAGGGAAAAGGAAUGUGAUAAGGAAAAUGCCACUGGCGCUUCGUCUCAUCUUGCUUCUACUGGAGUACACGUUGCAGUGAUCAUCGCAGUACUCACGUCCCUGUUGCUGUUAUUCAACAUAUGA